AUGUCAUUGUUUUCAUUGGAAGGUCAAGUUGCUGUAAUCACUGGCGCAACCCUGGGUAUUGGAUUGGGUUACGCCGAAGGUCUUGCUUCUGCUGGGAUCAAGCAGUUGAUUUUGACUUAUAGAUCACAAUCUACACUUGAUUCAGCAAUCACUGAGAUUAAAAAAUUCAACUCCCAAGUGAUCAUUGACUCGAUUCAAGUUGACUUUGUCCAAGAUGAAGAGCAAGCAAUUGUUGAUAAAAUCUUUACCCAAGCUUAUAAAUUAUCAACCACUGGUAAAGUUGAUAUAUUGAUUAAUAAUGCCGGUAUUACUGAGAGAAACGCUGCUGAAUCAUUUCCCCAGGACAAAUUUGAUGCCGUUAUCAAGGUUGAUUUGAAUAUCCCCGUUAAAUUGACACAACGGUUUGGUGCCAAGAUGCUUGAGUUGGGAACAAAGGGGAAAAUUGUAGCCACUGCAUCGUUGCUUUCUUUCCAAGGUGGGUUUGCAUCGUCGCCGUAUGCUGUAGCCAAAGGUGGAAUCAAGCAGUUCACUCAAGCAGUGGCUAACGAAUGGAGUUCACGUGGUGUGCGUGUCAAUUGUAUUGCUCCUGGUUAUGUCAAGACUAAAUUGACUGAUAGUAUGGCUCAGGAGAGUAAAGAUUUGGUGGACAAGAGGAUCCCUAUCGGUAGGUGGGCAGAAAGACUGGAUUUUAGAGGUCCAAUUGUAUUUUUGUGCAGUGAUGCUUCAAGUUAUGUUACGGGACUGACUGUGGUUGUUGAUGGGGGUUGGCUAGGUCGUUAA